GCACCACACCGGCGCUUUCACAUGACCUCAUAACUCCGCGACAAGCUAAUUAGCUAACUGACUGCUACGACAACUCGAAGCAGAGAAGCAAACGUCAACUCUCCGAUACCGGGAUACUCUACAUCGGAAAGACAGCUGGGUCUCCCUCCCUCAGUGAACACAGAGAGGUCUGAGCCUCCAUCACCAUGACAGACAACAAGCGUCUCGCCUUCUCCAUCAUCCAGUUCCUGCACGAUCAGCUCCAGUCAGGGAAUCUGUCCUCAGGUGCCCAGGAGAGUCUGGAGGUUGCUGUCCAGUGUUUGGAGACGGCGUUUGAAGUGUCAACCGACGAUCAGAGCCUCGCCAUCCCCAUGACGUUACCGGAGGUCUUCGCCUUAGCCACAGCCAAGCAUCCAGCUCAGUCACAGGUCAACAACAACUCGCCUCCAGACUCCAUCAGUGAGGAACAGAGAGCUGAGGCAGAGAGACUGAAAACCGACGGUAAUGACCAGAUGAAGGUGGAGAACUUUGCAGUUGCUGUUGAGUUUUACUCAAAGGCCAUCGCCAUCAACCCUCAGAACGCCGUCUACUACUGCAACAGGGCUGCAGCCUACAGUAAACUGGGGAACUAUGCUGGAGCGGUGCAGGACUGUGAACAGGCCAUCAGCAUCGACCCAAACUACAGCAAAGCCUACGGGAGGAUGGGUUUGGCUCUGGCCAGCCUCAACAAACACACAGAAGCAGCGAGUUAUUAUAAAAAAGCACUGGAGCUCGACCCUGACAACGACACCUACAAAAGCAACCUGAGGAUCGCGGAGGAGAAGAUGGAGACCUGCAGUCCAACAGCAGGGAUGGGAGGAGUAGAUCUGGCUGGUUUGCUCAGUAACCCCAGCUUCAUGAACAUGGCGUCGUCUCUGAUGAACAACCCUCAGGUUCAGCAGCUGAUGUCAGGGAUGAUGUCCGGAGCGUACGGUGGGAUGGGGGGAGGAGGUGCCGCCCCUGGAGCCACUGCCCCCAGAGCCGCGGCCCAUGGAGCCGCUGGCCCCGGAGCUGCCGGAACCGGAGAUUUAUCCGGACUGAUUCAGGCAGGUCAGCAGUUUGCUCAACAGAUGCAGCAGCAGAACCCAGAACUCAUCGAACAGCUGAGGAGUCAAAUCCGCAACCGAACGCCCAGCUCCGGAAACGAAGAGCAGCCGUGACAUUGGAUACGGCUGUGCAGGUUCAUGUGUGGAGGAGACGUACCGACCGUCUGCCCUUUUUUUCUUUCUGAUUUGGAUCAUUAUAACACGAAGGACUAAAAGGAAGUUUUUGUUUGUUCCAUCACUGAAUAAUUCCUGCAUGAGAGAGAGAGAGAGGCCUCCGUUUCAUUCAGGAGCCACGUCACCAAAAAUUACACCCACUUCCUGCGGCGCUGUGUGGUUUUUAGGAAGAGCAUUUUGAUGCAACACUUUGAUAUCAAAGAGAUUAAUUGGAAGAAAUCAGGUUCUGACCCAGAUGUGAAACAGCUGUAGUAAAGCAGGUCAGCAGAGUCAAAACAGAAGCUUGAAAUGUCUUUUUUUCUCUAAAAGCUACACAGUGUAACUUUAAAUGCAAUUUCUGGUCCAGUACCUUGUUUAUGGUGUGAGUGUGAGUGAGCGAGCGAGCGAGAUAUCAGGGUUAAUUUAGUGUAAAUGAAUGAAUUGUGUGUGUGGCAGGUGAAACUCCUCGGUCACCUGUGAGGAGGCACUGAGCUGUUUAAACACAGUGUGGGAAUUAAAAAGAGCAUCUCAACAUUUUACACCGUCCUGUCUGACGAGUUUUCCCUCCCGCCAAUCAAAUAUCCUGAGGUUUGUUUUCCUGGGUCGCAGGAAACUCACAGAGACAAACAGAUCGCAUGUAAUAUACACAUUACCUCAGCUGUACGAGGGGACUGCGGAGAAGUGCGGUGGUGAUUUACAGCAGCUGUGAAAUGAGUGAAGUAUGAAGGUAUGAACAAUAGGUAGAAGGUGAGUAGUAACACAUUCAGGUCUGAUGUAGAACCUGUACAGUUGUACACAAAAGUUUGGGUAAAUUUCAUGUUUAGUUGACUUAUGAAGUAAAAUGUUAUCAAUAAAAAUUGCAACA